AGAGAUCCGAACAGCAAUCUCCAUUUGACCGGUCGAUAACAAAGGCGUGCUCGUUCCAGUAUGGUAUAUAUUUCAAUGGUGUUAGUAGAAAUCUGAUGAAUCUGAUUGUGUUUGGUAAACAAGUGACAGUGUAAUAAUUAAAGUAAUUAAUUGGAAGAUAGAUAAUUCAAUUCUUGUGGCAUUGUCGAUGUGAUGAUGUUUAGUAAUAAAAAGAACAGUUUACCUCCAAGACCCCACCUGCCAAACCAUGAACACAUGUUGGAAGACCUUGAUAAUGCUGUUGUAGAUGAUGUAGCUUUUAAACUCAUAAAUGAUUUAUGUAUAAGAGAAUCUUAUGGUCUAACAAGUGUGGAUAGUUCUGACGAUAUAUAUAAAAAAGUAAAAAUGUAUUUAAAUACCAAACAACAAUUGAGACAAUUGGAAUAUACUUUGAGGAAAGGCACACAACAGAUGCAGACAGAUAACGAAGAAAUUAAAAGGCUUGCGAAUGAUAUUAGAAAGCAAGCACAAACUGCUCUAAUAACAUAUUGAGGACACAAAGCUCUAGAUAUGUUUUAGUAUUUAUAUUUAUAUCAAGGUAUCAUAAUAAUUUACCGCUUUGAACAGAAAUAAUAUUAAAAUACAUACAUA